CAUAAGAAGUUUUUUCCACAUAAUCUUCCUUAUCUCUAGAAACUUGUAGAUUUUAGGGGGAAGUGUUGAUGUAAAAAUAAAAGCAACUUGAUUUAAAAUUAAAGAGAUGAAGAAAACACAAAUCUUUUACAAUCAACACAAUCUUACGAUGAUGGAAUCAGUAUCAGCUAUCAGCUUAGCUUAUCAGCUGACUUUGUUUAUUAUUAGAACCGGUAGUUUGAGGUUAUGUUCGGUGUUUACGUUGAUUUUCCGCGUGGAACCCGUGAGUAGAUAACAGAUAAUGAUAAGACUGCGUGUUCCAUAAGUGAAUUACAGAGUGUUUUAGUGUUGAAAAAUCGUCCGUUAUCAAACUAACUGACUCUCAAGCAAAGCAUCUGACACAGUGAGGAUGAAGCCCAAGAAGAAACCAGCAAGCCAAAAUCAAUGGCUCAGCAAACUUCCAAAUUUUUCACGUAAUUACAAAAAAUUAUUCAGCUACAAAUUCUAUCUGUCACUCUUGUUUGAUACCAAAUAUCUCAUUUUGAUGGCACUUGCGCUACUUAUUGCCGAGGUGUUCGUCAAUAUCUUCAUCAUAAAAUGGAUCAAGUACACAGAAAUAGACUGGAUCGCCUACAUGCAGGAGGUCGAGGGCGUCAUCAACGGUACCAUGGACUACUCCCAACUGCGAGGCGACACGGGACCUUUGGUUUAUCCUGCUGGAUUCGUCUACAUCUUCACGCUAUUUUAUCAUUUAACAGACCACGGUAAAGAUAUCAAUUUUGCACAGCAUAUCUUUGCUGGCUUGUACAUUUUGACCCUCAUCCUAGUGUUCCAAUUGUACGUCAAGAGUAAGAAAGUUCCUCCGUAUGUGUUGAUCAUAACCUGCUGCACAUCAUACCGCAUACACUCGAUUUACGUUCUCCGAAUGUUCAAUGAUCCUGUAGCCAUGAUUUUGCUUUAUUUAUCCCUCAAUCUAUUUUUAAAUAACCGGUGGAGUUUGGGUAGCUCAAUCUAUAGUAUGGCUGUCAGCAUUAAAAUGAACAUUCUCCUUUUUUCACCCGUCUUGCUUUUAGCAUACUGGACUUGUCUUGGUUUUAUUGGAACAUUAAAGCAAUUAGCUAUCUGUGCGGGGAUACAAUUAUUCUUAGGAGCCCCUUUCCUUCUAACAAACCCUAUGGCAUACCUAAAAGGCUCUUUUGAUUUGGGGAGAGUAUUUUUGUACGAAUGGACUGUCAAUUGGAGAUUCUUGCCUGAGGAGAUAUUUGUGAGCAAAUACUUUCACAUUUCUCUACUUGCAGUCCACUUAAUAUUGUUGGCUAUCUUUUACUCAUCCUGGAAGGUAUACUUGACUAGCUACGCGCGUCUUAAAUACAUGGAAACUCGUAUUCAACCUGAAUUGAAGAAGCAUAAGAAAAGUUUAGAUAUGAGCACAGCCUCAAAUCUCUUUCUCACACCCAUGUUUACAGCCAAUUUCAUAGGCGUAGCCUGCAGCCGUUCAUUGCACUACCAAUUUUACGUUUGGUACUAUCAUUCCCUGCCGUAUUUAUUGUGGUCUACAAAAUUUCCUGAUAAAUACCGUAUAAUGCUUUUGGGUGUGAUCGAGCUUUGCUGGAAUACUUUUCCAUCUACAAUGCUCAGCAGCGCUGCCCUACAUGUUUGCCACAUUGCAAUCCUUUAUGGACUGUAUCAAAAUCGGCAUGUGAAGCAAAAUGCUGCCUAAAAGAGAGAAUGAUUACUUAGGCUGCAUCUAGCAAGAGGAAACCAAGUUUUUGGGAGAUGCCUAGGAGACCUGUUCAUAAUUGACUGAUCGAAAUCUUCGUAAGAGUCAAUUUUAAUCCAUAAGCAUUUGGUUCCUUUCUAUGAAUUGAUUCUACUUCUUAGCAACCACAAGGGAUCUGAUAAUAGUUUAAGUUUUCCUCUGAAUUUCAUUUUUUUGCAUCAGGAACAUAAUUUUGUGGCUCAAUAAAAUUUGAGUGUCAGACAUACACAUUUUCUUCCUUAGAAUAUAUGCGAAAUUCUGACAGCCAAUUUCAAAACAAUCAAUUCAAUGAGCAAAUCCCUCCUCUCCCAUUGAA